CAGGUGGACAUCAGCAAGGUGGUCACGCUGUGCAAACUGCUGGAGUCCAUUCUCUUUUACAAGUUCAGCUCCUUCGACUGGAGCCUGGAGCCCGUGAAGAUGACCCGACUGCUGUGUCAGAUCUUUGUGUUCGCGUACCUCUGGGCGGUCGGGGGCAACGUCACGGACGACAACUGGGACGCCCUCGACCUGUUCAUCCGGCAGCAGUUCGACGAGAACCCGGAUGCCAAGGUAAACGCGUGCGUUUAA